AGAAAAAGAAGAAGAAAGCACAGCGUCUGAGGAUAUAAAUAGCGUGGAGUGAUUGUCUUUUGUGUGCAUUCUGAUAGCAUCUCCAUCAGGACCAGGACCAGUAGCAGAGCUGAAGAGAACAUCUAGUCGGCACCAUGAAUUUCACAGCGUUUGCUUUUCUCGCAUGUCUGCUCUGUGUAGGCGUAACAGGUCAACGGGAGUCUAAGGGCCGGUGUCGGUGCCAGGGUAAAGGAGUGAGAUAUGUUCCCCAACAAAAGAUCCAGACGUUGACCAUGUACACACCUGACCAGUCAUGUGCAUACAUAGAGAUCAUUGUCACUCUGAAGGGCAAUGGUGGGAAAAAGUGCAUCGAUCCAGAGUCUGAUAUCGCCAAGAAGUUCAUGGAAAAAGCUCUGGCAAAAAUGAGAGCAAAAAAAGCAGAUCCUACUGUCAUUCCAGAGUUGACUACCAUACAACUGCCCAACAACACUGCAUCAGCGUUAGUCAACGUUACUUCAAAGAAAACACUUUUCUAACCACAAAAAGAGGACAGCAUUUCAUCUCAUGCAUAUAUUCAAGGUGUUAAUACCAGCAGAAACUAGUCAGUUCAGGACAUGGAUUUGUUUCAUCUGUUAUUCAAUUUCCUUCCAAUUUAAAUCUUUAUCACAAGUCACAUCAUUUGGUACUUGCAAAAGAGCAUGUAUCACAUACUGUGUAAAUAUGUGAAAUAAAUAAACAAAAUGUUUUGUUGCAUUUUCUAU